GCCAAAGAGAACGCAUGUGCAAAGACAGACACACGCAAAAGUUAAUACAAGAUACAUUCAGUUUUCAGUUUGCCGAGCAUUUUUAGUGCUGUAAGAAAGCGUAUCUAAAACAACAAUUUCCAGUUACAAGUGUAUGUGAUAAUGUUUAAAGGUGUGCCAACGCUGACGCAACUGAAUCUACGUUUGCUUAAUGCCAAAAAUCCGCGCACUUUUGCCAAUGGCCUAGUGCUGCUGCAGCAAGAGCAACGCAACAAAGCAACAUCGGCAAAAACAUCGUGGCAGCAACUGGAGGCUGAUGCCAACCACAGCAAAGUCGAUGUGGAUGUCUACAGCCAAGAGGAGCUAGUAAAGCGUGCCAAGUUUGGACACACGGGCAAGGAGGUGCAGCAGAAAAUAGCAGCUGAGAAAAAGCUACGCACACCGCCGCUGUUGAAUUUGGUUUUUGCCAAUCGAAAGUUAUCCUUCUACGAUCCCGCCUCUGGUCCAAAGCAAAAGGAGCGUCAUGACAAACUCUAUCUGCGACGCCACUAUUCGAUGCGGCCCCAUCGCGAGCAGGAACAGCGCAAUGCAGAGGAUGUGCUCUUUGACAUGUUUGCCAGCGAGGAGACUGGACUUAUUUCAAUGGGCAAGUUCCUGGCCGGACUGAAGACCACUGGCAUACGUCGCAAUGAUCCGCGCGUGCGUGAGCUUAUGGACAAUCUGAAGCGCGUGCAUAAGCUGAACAACUAUGAGACGGGCAGCUCGGCGGAGACGCAGCAUCUGAAUAGAGAAACCUUCAAGGCCGUUGUGGCGCCCAACAUUGUGCUCAUAGCCAAGGCAUUCCGUCAGCAGUUCGUCAUACCCGACUUCUCCAGCUUUGUCAAGGACAUUGAGGAGAUCUACGGUCGCUGCAAAGACAAUACACUGGGCAAGCUGGCCGAUUACAUUCCCCAACUGGCGCGUUACAGUCCCAACAUGUGGGGUGUCAGCAUUUGCACAGUCGAUGGGCAACGCUAUUCCAUAGGCGAUGUGGAGGAGCCUUUCACCUUGCAGAGUUGCAGCAAGCCGCUGACCUAUGCCAUUGCCUUGGAGAAACUGGGACCCAAGGUGGUACAUUCAUAUGUGGGUCAGGAGCCAAGUGGACGCAACUUUAAUGAACUGGUGCUGGAUCAGAACAAGAAGCCGCACAAUCCCAUGAUCAAUGCAGGCGCCAUACUCACCUGCUCCUUGAUGAGCGCGCUCGUCAAGCCGGACAUGACCUCCGCUGAGAUUUUUGACUACACCAUGAGCUGGUUCAAGCGUCUGACUGGCGGCGAGUACAUUGGCUUCAACAAUGCCGUGUUUCUCUCAGAGCGCGAGGCGGCCGAUCGCAAUUACGCCUUGGGCUUUUAUAUGCGCGAGAAUAAAUGCUUUCCCAAGCGCACAAACCUGAAGGAGGUCAUGGACUAUUACUUCCAGUGCUGCUCCAUGGAAACCAACUGCGAGGCCAUGUCGGUCAUAGCCGCCAGCUUGGCCAAUGGCGGCAUUUGUCCCACCACCGAGGAGAAGGUCUUCAGACCCGAGGUUGUGCGCGAUGUGCUCUCCAUAAUGCACUCCUGCGGCACCUAUGACUACUCUGGACAGUUUGCCUUCAAGGUGGGUCUGCCUGCCAAGUCUGGCGUCAGCGGUGGCAUGAUGCUGGUCAUACCCAAUGUGAUGGGCAUCUUUGCCUGGUCGCCACCACUGGAUCAUUUGGGCAACACCGUGCGUGGUCUGCAGUUCUGCGAGGAGUUGGUCAACACUUUCAACUUUCAUCGCUACGACAACCUGAAGCAUUUGUCCAACAAGAAGGAUCCGCGCAAGCAUCGCUACGAAACCAAAGGACUGUCCAUUGUAAAUCUGCUGUUCUCAGCUGCAAGUGGCGAUGUCACUGCCUUGCGUCGUCAUCGUCUUAGCGGUAUGGACAUCACGCUGGCGGAUUACGAUGGACGCACAGCUCUGCACCUGGCUGCCUCUGAGGGACACUUGGAGUGCGUCAAGUUCUUGUUGGAGCACUGCCAUGUGCCGCAUAAUCCCAAGGAUCGCUGGGGAAACAUGCCCGUUGAUGAGGCCGAGAACUUUAGCCACUCGCAUGUGGUGGAGUUCCUCAAAUCCUGGGCAGAGAAGGCCGGCAACGCACCAGCGGAAUGCACGCCUGAGGCUGUCAUAAGCAAAACCCAAGCCGAUGAGGAAAUCUGCAGCACCAGCGAUCUGGAUCAUAGUAUCGCCAGUAGUCCCAUACCGUCCCCAGAGCCAGAAGUUAGAGCCACCAGUCCUGUGCCCUCCGAGGCCGGCAGCACCGCCAGCACUGUGAGCGUGGACAAGACCAAGCCGGGACUUUAAGCUGACCUCAUUUACAUACAUACCUGUAGAAUCUCGCUUAAAUUAUUUUUGCCUAGGCAAUUAGUUAAUAUAAUUUUAGUUAGCGCGCUGGUUUAUCUACAUACCAUAUACAUACAUACAUACUUAAUAUAUAUAUAUAUAUACAUACAUAUUCGCAUAGUUAUGUUUCAUUGUUGAAAGUAUAUAGCGGCAUUUGUAUUUUGUAGAUUUAGUUAACAAAUUUUAUGAAACGGGCAUUUGUGUCCCACUGUGCGCGCAACGCAACAAUGACAAUAAAUGUAUUAAAUAUUCUAUAUAAAUGACAAGCAUUAAUGUUGUAUAAAUGU